CUCCGCUGACCCCCAGAUAUGUGCCCCUCCCCCGGUCUGGACGAUCGGGGAGCGGAACCCCAUGAGGGAGGCAGUGGGUAAUGUCACAGUCGUGGCGUUACUGCAGGCCAGCUGAAACCUGUGUCUACACCAGGCCCGUGGCCUGGAGACAGUGAGGCAGGCACUGGUCAGUCAUGGGUUCCAAGAUAUCGCCUUCUAUGUCGUCAAUUCCCGUCUCUGGCACUCCCAAAUGUUGGUUGAAGAGCUGGAGGUGAGAGUUGGCUUUCCAGUUUUCCAAGAUACUCACUCUCGAAAUAUUUGGACUUCACUUGAGGGGAACAAAGACGACUUCUUCAUAUACGACAGAUGUGGGAACCUAGCCUAUUAUCUGCCCUACCCGGAUAGCUGGUUAGGCUACAGAUUCUUCCAGGAGUACCUCUUGUCGGCUUACAACAACGACCCCUGCGGCUGUGAGAGGUCCCAGCACGGGGCUCCUGGCGAAUCAGAGGAAGCUGAAAACGAAGGAGAGGGUGAAAACCCAACACAGGAGCCAAGCGUCACGGCUGACAUGGAGGACAGAAUGAUGGGAGACAGCCCAGUCACUUACAACCGCAAGGAGUUAGAGGAGAUACGCCGUCAGAGAAAGAUGGAGCGAAUCUUGUACAAUAAGACGGUCAGGAAGCACAAGUCCAGGAAGAAGAGCAAGAAACACCAGAAGCUGCAACGUAACAAACAUAAACUGAAGAAGAAACAGCAUCUAAAGGAGAAACAUCAUCAAAAACUAAAGACUAAAGAACAUCAUCAUCAUCAUCACCAUCACCAUCACCAUUCUAAACACCACACAAAACACCAAGAGGAGAUGCCAGAAAGGGUGCAUCAUUCUUUAACAUACUGAGAACAGUUUUCUAAAACUUACCUGUGUAAAGUCAUUCUCAAAUUAGGCCUUGAAACACACUGAUGUCCUGGACCCAUCUCCACAACUGUUCCACCAACAACAACGGUUUUGCCAGAUGUCAUUAAAACUAUCACAUGAAAAUGAUUCAUGUCCACACCUUCAAACAGUAGCACAACACUAUGUGCCAACAGUACUGAUAUUAACAAUACAUUUACCUUGUGCAAUUCCACUGAAGAGCCAUUUAGUUCCAAUGAUAAAUCUCUCAAUCACACUUCAUCUAUAACAGAUCCUUCCAAUAUGACUAAUACAUUUGAUCAAAUGCCAGAGAAUGGCACAAAUGUAUGAUGAUGACCAUGUCAGACUAUGACCGAAGAAAAAGGAUGACAGUGACCCAAGGCUCAGGGAGCAAUGUCUACAGUAUCCUGAUCUUGAUCCAGUGAUCUUAAAACAUCAGACAGUACUCAGUGACAGUGACCAACUGGUGUACACUGCUGACAGUGCAGUCAGGGAGCAAUGUCUACAGUAUCCUGAUCUUGAUCCAGUGAUCUUAAAACAUCAGACAGCACUCAGUGACAGUGACCAACUGGUAUACAGGGCUGACAGUGCAAUCAGGGAGCAAUGUCUACAGUAUCCUGAUCUUGAUCCAGUGAUCCUAAAACAUCAGACAGCACCCAGUGACAGUGACCAACUGGUGUACAGGGCUGACGAUGCAAUCAGGGAGCAAUGUCUACAGUAUCCUGAUCUUGAUCCAAUGAUCUUACUACAUCAGACAGUACUCAGUGACAGUGACCAACUGGUGUACAGGGCUGACAAUGCAAUCAGGGAGCAAUGUCUACAGUAUCCUGAUCUUGAUCCAAUGAUCUUACUACAUCAGACAGCACUCAGUGACAGUGACCAACUGGUGUAAAGGACUGACAGUGCAAUCAGGGAGCAGUGUCUACAGUAUCCUGAUCUUGAUCCAGUGAUCCUAAAACAUCAGACAGUACUCAGUGACAGUGACCAACUGGUGUACACGGCUGACAAUGCAAUCAGGGAGCAAUGUCUACAGUAUCCUGAUCUUGAUCCAAUGAUCUUACUACAUCAGACAGCACUCAGUGACAGUGACCAACUGGUGUACACUGCUGACAGUGCAGUCAGGGAGCAACGUCUACAGUAUCCUGAUCUUGACCCAGUGAUCUUAAAACAUCAGACAGCACUCAGUGACAGUGACCAACUGGUGACCAGGCCUGACAAUGCAAUCAGGGAGCAAUGUCUACAGUACCCUGAUCUUGAUCCAGUGAUCUUAAAACAUCAGACAGCACUCAGUGACAGUGACCAACUGGUGACCAGGCCUGACAAUGCAAUCAGGGAGCAAUGUCUACAGUAUCCUGAUCUUGAUCCAGUGAUCUUACUACAUCAGACAGUACUCAGUGACAGUGACCAACAGGUGUAAAGGGCUGACAAUACAAUCAGGGAGCAAUGUCUACAGUAUCCUGAUCUUGAUCCAGUGAUCUUAAAACAUCAGACAGUACCCAGUGACAGUGACCAACAGGUGUAAAGGGCUGACAAUGCAAUCAGGGAGCAAUGUCUACAGUAUCCUGAUCUUGAUCCAGUGAUCUUAAAACAUCAGACGGCACUCAGUGACAGUGACCAACUGGUGACCAGGCCUGACAGUGCAGUCAGGGAGCAAUGUCUACAGUAUCCUGACCUUGAUCCAGUGAUCUUACUACAUCAGACAGUACUCAGUGACAGUGACCAACAGGUGUACAGGGCUGACAAUGCAAUCAGGGAGCAAUGUCUACAGUAUCCUGAUCUUGAUCCAAUGAUCUUACUACAUCAGACAGCACUCAGUGACAGUGACCAACUGGUGACCAGGCCUGACAAUGCAAUCAGGGAGCAAUGUCUACAGUAUCCUGAUCUUGAUCCAGUGAUCCUAAAACAUCAGACAGUACCCAGUGACAGUGACCAACUGAUGUACAGGGCUGACAAUGCAAUCAGGGAGCAAUGUCUACAGUAUCCUGAUCUUGAUCCAGUAAUCCUAAAACAUCAGACAGUACCCAGUGACAGUGACCAACUAGUGACCAGGCCUGACAAUGCAAUCAGGGAGCAAUGUCUACAGUAUCCUGAUCUUGAUCCAGUGAUCUUAAAACAUUAGACAGCACUCAGUGACAGUGACCAACUGGUAUACAGGGCUGACAGUGCAAUCAGGGAGCAAUGUCUACAGUAUCCUGAUCUUGAUCCAGCGAUCCUAAAACAUCAGACAGUACUCAGUGACAAUGACCAACAGGUGUACAGGGCUGACAUUGCAAUCAGGGAGCAAUGUCUACAGUAUCCUGAUCUUGAUCCAAUGAUCUUAAAACAUCAGACAGUACUCAGUGACAGUGACCAACUGGUGUAAAGGGCUGACAAUGCAAUCAGGGAGCAAUGUCUACAGUAUCCUGAUCUUGAUCCAGUGAUCUUACUACAUCAGACAGCACUCAGUGACAGUGACCAACUGGUGUACACUCCUGACAGUGCAGUCAGGGAGCAAUGUCUACAGUAUCCUGACCUUGAUCCAAUGAUCUUACUACAUCAGACAGCACUCAGUGACAGUGACCAACUGGUGUACACUGCUGACAAUGCAAUCAGGGAGCAAUGUCUACAGUAUCCUGAUCCUGAUCCAGUGAUCUUAAAACAUCAGACAGUACCCAGUGACAGUGACCAACUGGUGUACAGGGCUGACAAUGCAAUCAGGGAGCAAUGUCUACAGUAUCCUGAUCUUGAUCCAGUGAUCCUAAAACAUCAGACAGCACUCAGUGACAGUGACCAACUGGUGUACACUGCUGACAAUGCAAUCAGGGAGCAAUGUCUACAGUAUCCUGAUCCUGAUCCAGUGAUCUUAAAACAUCAGACAGUACCCAGUGACAGUGACCAACUGGUGUACAGGGCUGACAAUGCAAUCAGGGAGCAAUGUCUACAGUAUCCUGAUCUUGAUCCAGUGAUCCUAAAACAUCAGACAGCACUCAGUGACAGUGACCAACUGGUGACCAGGCCUGACAAUGCAAUCAGGGAGCAAUGUCUACAGUAUCCUGAUCUUGAUCCAAUGAUCUUACUACAUCAGACAGUACUCAGUGACAGUGACCAACAGGUGUACAGGGCUGACAAUGCAAUCAGGGAGCAAUGUCUACAGUAUCCUGAUCUUGAUCCAAUGAUCUUACUACAUCAGACAGCACUCAGUGACAGUGACCAACUGGUAUACAGGGCUGACAGUGCAAUCAGGGAGCAAUGUCUACAGUAUCCUGAUCUUGAUCCAGUGAUCCUAAAACAUCAGACAGCACCCAGUGACAGUGACCAACUGGUGUACAGGGCUGACAAUGCAAUCAGGGAGCAAUGUCUACAGUAUCCUGAUCUUGAUCCAGUGAUCUUACUACAUCAGACAUUACUCAGUGACAGUGACCAACUGGUGUACACUGCUGACAGUGCAGUCAGGGAGCAACGUCUACAGUAUCCUGAUCUUGACCCAGUGAUCUUACUACAUCAGACAGUACUCAGUGACAGUGACCAACGGGUGUACACUGCUGACACUGACAAAUAUCUGGUGAUAAACCAUCCUGAUGGUGACCAGUGGUAAACAGUAUUAUGAAUUAGAUUCCCACCAAAUAUUCCACCAGAUUUUAGAAGUGCAUCAACCAUCGAAGAGAAACCAUUUGUAUGACGAUUCUCAGAGAAAACCGGGAGGUAUCUGAGCAUUAGAAGCUUAAAAUGUUGCCAAUUCUCUUUGAUAGUUUAUCACUUUAAGAACGAAUACUUGUAUAUUUUCUGCACUCUACUCACAGUAUAGUGUCUAAGAUGUGUUACUAUUUUCAAUAUGUUAGCAUAAAUACACAUAUUAUCAAAUGUUUCUUUUUACACUUUAUUCACUUAAGACAGUAACUUUUUGCAUAAUCUUAAAUGUGUCAGCGUUAAAUUUAUCAUAUGUUUCUAAAGCCAAUGUUCCUUAUUUUUAAAACUCUUCAUGAAAAGAUGGCAGAAAAUCAUGGUUAUGAACCUGCUGUUUUGGACCCCUUAAUGAGUGAUUAAAAUCAAGGAAUCUGGGUUUUUGAAAUCAUAUGUAUCUUUCAUCCAGUGAUAUUUCUUUUAUAUGUAUAAUAAUAAUAAACAAUUUGUCAAUAAACAAA